ACGCGAUGUUGAAGUUUACCGGGAAAAAGUUGGAGCUGUUGAGUGAUUACGAUAUGUUAUUAAUGUAUGAGAAUGGUAUUCGUGGUGGAUUAGUGCAGGCAAGCAUGAGACAUGCCAAAGCCAAUAAUAUAAAGACCCCAGACUAUGACGAAACUAAGGAGAAAUCGUGGUUGAUAUACCAGGACUGUAAUAAUCUCUAUGGCUGGGCUAUGUGUCAGUAUAUGCCAUACGGUGACUUCAAUUGGGUUGAAUCCAACUUGAACGGACUGAGUGAGAUGUCACCAACGUCAGACAAAGGGCGAGUCUACGAAAUUGAUGUCUCAUACCCACAACAUUUACAUGAUAAACAUAAUGACCUGCCUUUUCUGCCACAAAACGGUAUACCAUCAGGCUCAAAGGUGAAAAAAUUGAUGUCAACGUUUCAGCAGAAGAAAAAUUAUAUUAAACAUUACCGGAACCUAUAGCAGGCAAUUGAAAAUGGGUUAAUAGUUGAAAAAGUGCAUAGAGUUUUAGAAUUUAGCCAGUCUGCAUGGUUGGCGGAUUACAUUAACUUAAACACAGAGAUGAGGAAGAAGGCACAGAACGACUUUGAGAAAGACUUUUUCAAAUUAAUGAAUAAUGCGGUAUUUGGGAAGACUAUGCAAUCGAAAAGAAAGGAAAUGAAGAUGGAGUUGGUGUCGUGUGAGAGACGAUUACAAAAACUUAUUAAUAAGACGACAUUUAAACAUGCUACCAACUAUAACGAAAACCUGAACGCGGUGGCACUAGAAAACAAAAUAAUCAAAUUUGAUAAGCCUAUAUAUAUUGGAUUUGCUGUUCUUGACAUUUCCAAGACGAUGAUGUACGAUUAUCACUACAACGUAAUGCAGAAGCACUAUGGUGAUAAUAUCAAACUUAUGUAUACUGAUACUGAUUCGUUGGUAUACCAUAUUAAAACUGAAGAUUUUUACAAAGACUUGAUUGAGAAUCCCAACUUGAUGGAUAGAUUAGACACGUCAGACUUGCCUCCUAUCCAUCCGUGCUACACUACAGCUAGGAAGAAGGUGCCCGGGUUUUUCUCUGAUGAAGCAAAAGGACAUAUAAUGACAGAGUUUUGUGCACUACGUGCAAAAUCAUACGCGUACAACAUAUAUACAGGAGAAGAGGAUGUGGUGAGAGAGCAGAUCAAGGCGAAGGGUGUAAGACAACAUGUGGUUAAAAACCAUAUGACGUUGGAGGAUCAUGUUAAGUGUUUGUUCGGAGAUGAAAGUCUUGAUAAAUAUACAGAAAAUGUAUCCAUUCGCUCAUUCAAACACCAGCUAAUUACAAUCAAAACAAAUAAAUUAACAUACAACAACUACGAUGACAAAAGAGUGGUGCUAGACGAUAAAAUACAUACACUGGCUCACGGUCAUUAUAGUUUAGAGGAUGAUAACGAGCAGAUUGUUGAUUGGCCAGAUCAUGAGUUUACUGUAGACGUUGCUGGGCGUGAGUGGGAGGAAUCGGAUAAAGAUUUAAUGAGAUUACUUCUAAGGGAAUGCAUGUCAAAAUAAUUAAAUACUAUGUUUUUUUUUUGUUAUGUAUUGUAAUU